AUGUCCAGCUUGCUACCAGUACUUGCAGCUUCGUGCGCAGGUGCUAACAUCAUCCUUCUUCGCAGUCUUGUACCUGCAGGUGUGCAUCUCCAGGCAUGGUGGAGACCUCAGUGGAUCAGUAGUGCUCGGCUUCCGGAAGGAGAUCUCAGAGCCACCGCCUUCAUAUCCCGUCUAGCAAAGCUCCAAGCUACGCUGAAUUGCUUCAGAUCCUAUCUAGAUGCUGAAGAUCCCACCUCAGAAAGAUUGGUGGGCCUCAGCACUACCCUCUCCGCCUUGUGGUUCUGCCGCAAAGUGGGCUGCUGGGCGAAAUCGCUCGGCCGCCUAGGAGCACUGAUUCUGCGCUUCGUGCGGCGGGGGCGCCUCUCUCGGCGUCCGCCCGAUUAUGGGCACCUGCUGAUGAUCCCGCUCUACCCAGGAAACCCUCCGUCGCUUCAAGCAGCCAGCGAGUCGGAAAGUUUGGCAGAGAAAGCUCGGUCCGCAAGCCCGGAUGAAGCUCUCGCUCUGCUCGGUGAAGCCGUGUUGCUGAAUCCUCCGGAUGCACUCUUGCAUCUCGCCCGGGCACAGGCCCAGAACGAGUGCAGAAGGCAUCUUGAAGCUUUGGACGAUGCAGAGACCUGCGUCUCUCUGGACAGCAAGUGCCUUGAGGGCUGGCUACAGAAGGGCAAGGCUGAACUCGCUUUGGGCCGAGCAGCCGAUGCAGCCGUGAGCUUUCAGGCUGGUUUGGCCCUUGAGCCAAAUCACCCGGAGCUUUUGAGGCAACUCUCAGAAGUGGCACCGGCACCGAACAUCUUACAGCAAUUCAAAGAGUUAGUCUUUGCAGCAAGGCUUGGCCUUGAAAACUUGUUUCAGACUCUGGAGGACCCUCAGAGGACCACAGAUGCUUUCGUUGAUAGCAAUGCAGAGGUGCUGGAUGCACAGAUCUCUUUGUUGGCACAGACUCUGCAUGUGAACGUCUCAGUGCUCUUCGACUCCCCGAGGCUCUGCGAUGCUUACGAGCAGAUCGUCCACGCCUGCGCACAGCUGGUGUCUGGUGCACCGAAAUCAUUUUCGAGAAAGCUGCGGAAUGCCAAAAACAUCCUUGAGGGACUCAGUCUGGCCGUGAGAAUCGGUUGGCAGAUCCACCAUGGUCUUGCCAAGCACGCCGCCAGCGCCCUGAUCAUCCUUGCCACAUGUCCUGAGGCGGAGGAGGGACUUCGAAGAAUGGCCGUUCGACAGCUCUUGGGAGGACUUCUGCGCUGGCUGGUGGAUGCAAGGCCAGAGCCGGAGCGGGAGGUGGAGGAGGUCUGCGGAUGCAGCUGCGCUGUCCCUUGGAAGGCCGCAGCCUGUUACUUAGAGCGACUCUUUGAGAUUGGAAGGCCCAUGGCCUUGAUCCAAUUUGAGUGCGAGCAUUGGCCUGACACAGUUCAGCUGUGCCAGUGGCUCACCUUGUCGGUUCGAGACUAUCAUGCCACCCCACUUGGCCUCGUGGCUCUGCUUCAGAUGCCCGGAGUGGCGGCCAAAGCGAUGAAGACCCAGGCAAGAGUUGACUUCUUCAUUGCACCGCAUCUUUUUGGUGAGGAGUUUGGCGGCGACGAGUUGUUCGAGGAAGCCGAGGAGCCCGAAACUUCGCAGGAGACCUGGGAGGUCGCAAGGGCGAGCAACGUCCCGUGGUGGAGAGCUGCGCAGAUGAGCAGACAACCCUUGAGAGCCUGGAGACAGCAGAUGCGCUUUGCGGCGGCGGCCGUGGCAGCAGCUACAAGCGAGAACCAGAGCCAUCAGAACCAAGAUUUCUCCGUGUCUUUUCCAGAGGCCUCCGCUUCUUCGAGCUUCAGCCAGGGUCCAGGUGCUGAGAUCUCCAGGCUUCUGGGGAGCGAUCCGAAUCUUGCCAGUCUCCUAAAUGCCGCUUCCUCCGCCGGGAUUCCGACUUUGUUCCGGUGGAUCCCCGAUCCACAGCCACCUCCACCCCAAAGGCUCGGAGAGUGGCUCAUGAAUUCAUUGGGUUAUUUAUUCCUUUUUAUUGAAGGCGAUGCCCUAUUCACAGUCUAUGCCUGCCGGGCUCUCAAGACACUGGCAAAGGCUGAUCCAGAUGGUGACGGGCAAACAAGACUACUGAAUGGCAUGUGGCUGGGCGUUCCUUUGCUCAGUAAACUGUCACUUGCAGCUUGCACGAACACGGCAGCGCUUGAUUUGCUGCACUGCCUCUUCGAAGCAAAGUGCCCCGUGGCAAGAGCCGGUAUUCGAUGUGCCACGCGGUCUUUAGCACAUGCUUUGGCCAGCGAUGCUCUGCCCAACGAGCAGGACGAUGACAUCCACAUGGCCUCUUCAUCUAGCGCUUCGUCGCAGGACAUGCAAGACAUGUCACAAGAGGCUGAGGUUUUUUCUGGUGGAUUCCAGGGAACAGACGGAGCUGCCCAGGCAGCUCAGGCACCAGAGAUGCUGGGCGAGGGUGGUUUUGCCCAGAACCUUCUUGCAGGCCAUGAAGAUGAUCUGGUGCCAUCCUGGGCAGAGUUUCACCACGAACUUUUUCAGGAGCUGGCUUGCCCCACAGACAGGGAGCAUGCACCGGAGCUCGUGACCCUCGCGAAUUUUGAAUCGAAGGCCAGCCUCCUUGCGGAGCAGGCAACGGUCCAUUCGCUCGAGCCGCAGACAGAGGAGGGAAGAAACUACAGCUUUGCAGCUGUUCCAGCGGCAUGGAACCGAAAUGUCUUGGUGGAGAUGGAUCCGAAGCAGGGAAACUCGGACGAAUAUGUCCACGGCUCACCACCAGGAUGGCAGACAGUUUCUUCCCAGCGACUGCUCCUUUUCCAUGAGCUAGAUGGCUUCCCCGUGGGCUCUGCUGAAUACCUUCACGAUGGCCGGAUGAAAAACAAGGUCGUGCUCAUGUCCAGGCGAUCGAUCCGUUCCAGUCAGAAGGUUCACAAUUGGGCGCAGGCCGUAUCUUCUGCUGAGCAGGCAGGUGCUUCUGCAGUCAUCGUCUUCAACGACCUUGAUGCGAUGGAACCCUUCCGGAUGGGACUCUUCGGGGAAAAGCUACCUUCCAUUCCUGCCUUCAUGAUCAGCGGGAAGGAUGGAGCGAGCCUGGGCACUCGGUCGCGGGACUCGGAGGUGAUCAUCGUCAGGUCGGUCUUGACCUCUGCCAGCUCUCCCUCGCCGCCUCCCUGGCCCCUUGCAGGCGGACGCAUCGCAGAUAUCGCCCAGGCUUGGAGUCUGUUGGAAGCCCUCUCGGCACAUGGCGAGCCUUCUGAUGAUCUAGAGAAGCUGCUUCAGCGAAUGAGCGUGCCGGAAAAGCGUGUGUGGCUGACGCGCCGGCUGGUACGUCAUCAUCGUGCCCAGCAGGCCACCUCAACGGAUGCAGACCUCGCAGAGACACCGCUGGCCUUCGUUGAGAGCGACCGAUGGCUGGCGGCAGAGAAACAGCUCGCAGCUCUCCGGCACCAGGUGAUGGAGAAGACCGGGCUUGGGAGUGUGGACAUCUGCGGUGAGUUCGAAGUGCGCUUCCGUGGUGAGCAGGGAGUGGGAAGCGCUGUGGUCCGGGAGUGGAUGGACCUGGUGGCUAGAGACGUUUAUUUGCAACCCAAGUUGAGGUUGCUGCGGAGCUAUGACCAACGGCAGACAUUUUGGCCAGAUGCUGCAGCCCCAUUUGUGAACAAGGCUUGGCAGAUGGACUUCGAGAUCCUCGGAUCUUUGAUCGGUCUUGCACUGUGGCAGAACUGCACACUUGACCUCCCGCUUCAUCCGCACGUGUGUGCCUUGCUCUUUGGAUUUCCAGAAGACCGGCUGACAGCUACGCUGGCCGACAUGGAUGCGGAGCUCUUCCGUCACAAGGUGCAAUGGCUUCUUGCCAACCCCAUCAACCAGCUCGGUAUUGAACUCGGCUUUUCAGACCCUCUCGGGACGGAGGAAGCAGAGGGUGAGGAGGAGGGAGACAAGGCGAAGGCGGAAGUCGAAGAAGCACCGGAACCGCCGCCCAGGGCGGAGUCUGGACCAAGGCUGCCAGCUCUGGUGUUUCCAGGACAGCGCUUGGCUGGUGACGACCGGACCUGUGAGGUAGAGCCAUGGCCACUUCCCAAAGUCGGAUCUGCUGAAGUAGCGCUGCAAGAUGAGGGCGACCUCGAGGUGGUGACGGACGAAACCAAAGAGAUCUUCGUGGAAUUGCUCAAGGACUGGAGGCUGCAGAAGGGAAUCGCGCCACAGGUUCAAGCGAUGGCCAAGGGCCUCUCGAAGGUUCUUCCGGAAGAGCUUCGACAGGAGAUGCACAACUUGUUGACUCCAGUUGAAAUCGCACAGCUACUUUCAGGCUUGGGAGGCACUCUCUCCGUCGACGACUGGGAGCAGCACACUUCUUACACCCAUGGUCUGAGCAAGCACAGCGAUGUUGUUAUGUGGUUCUGGCGGGUCGUGAGAGGCUGGGCGGUUUCCGAAGAGGACAAGGAGCUGCUGGUUCAGCUCCUUCAGUUUGUGACGGGCAGCGCGAGGGUGCCUGUGGGUGGCUUCAGCGAACUGGUGGGCUUCAACGGCGCCAAGCACAACUUCACCUUGGCUGGAGCCCAGAACUUGUCCAAGCAGGCCCUGCCAGUGGCUCACACCUGCAUCUGCACCCUGGACCUGCCCUUAUACGAUGACUUCGAGACUUGCCGUCGCAAGAUGACGCAGAUGCUCCGUUUGGGAAGGGCUCACUUCGAUGAAGGAGCUGGCCAGCCGGAAGGGGCCGAGUGA